CUCUACUCGUUCAAUCGAACAAACAACCCAGCCAAAUUGGAAAAAGGUUUCCUAAAAUCCAACCGACUCCCCUCUUCAUAACCGUCUCCAAAUUGGAAACCCAGAAUAACAGUUUCAAUUUCUUGUUGUUCAGUAUAUGAUACAAGGAAUGAGAUGCUAUCCGCUCGCAGAAAAGAAGAAGAAGAAGAAGAAGAAGAAGAAGAAGGAUCAAAAGUUUUUCGUCACGUUUUUGUUAACAGACAACACGAGGCCCUAUCAAGUCAAUUAGAUAAACCAAUUAAGUGAACAAAUCUUGUAGCCAAGGUUGCCUGAAAAAUGGAUUCAGUUGUUAUUAAGGUGAUUGAAGAACCAGAGUACUGCCCUCAGGCUGUGAUUGAUUGGUGCAAGCUUGGAGUAGACGAGAUGAAGAAGAAUAAGCAUCUAGGUGUCAAAGCAAGGAAACAUCUUUGAUCUUUCAGCUGUUGGUUAGCUCCAAAGAAAAGCAAAUUUGAGAUGUGCUAGUCUUCUCCUGCAGGGAAGUGUUAUUAUUCACUUAAAAUGUCUUGCAAAGGCUGCAUUGAAGAAGGUUAUCUUUAUAGAAGUGCCCUUCAGAAUUCUAAGGCACAGUUGAAUUUCCAUAUGAAAGAUGGAAAAGAAGAGGUUGUUCCAGUUUUGGGAUGUAGAGAGCAUACACAUACACAGGAUGGUGAUAAUGGCUACAUAGAUUCUGCCAAACAGAUCAAAGGGGAGAUUUCUGGUGCUGUUAUCGAACAACAUGAAGCGAAUGUAGAUGUUGAAAUCACGGAGGGAGCUAAUGAGACUGCAUGUGACAGUUCUAAUGCACCAUUGAAUGCCCAUUUAAAGAUCGAAGAAGACAAAAUUACUGUUUUGGGGUCUCUCUCUAGAAAGCGCAGCCUCAAACCAGCUGAAGAGAACAAUGUAGAUUCUGUCAAGGUGAAGAAAAGCAAAACUUUUAAAGGCUCUCAAAAGAAAAGGAGAGAAGACUUUGAUGUGAAACGUCCAAAGAAAUCUAGUACAGUGCGGUCAAACAAAGGAGCACAAGCAAUUGUAGUACCUCGACGCUAUCCUCCAACUAAUCUAUCCAUGCUGGUGGACAAGGGGGUGGUAUUGUCGAAUGCUAUGGUUUAUUUUAUUAAUAGAAAGGAUGGCCGUAGGAUGGCUGAAGGGAGUGCAACACGUGAUGGGAUUAGAUGUCAUUGCUGCAACAAGCUGUUUACACUUAGUGCCUUUGAAGCUCAUGCUGGUAGUACCUUUCGGAGACCAGCUGCCUGCAUAUUUUUGGAAGAUGGAAGGUCUUUACUAGAUUGCCAGAUUCAGAUGAUAACAGAAGAAAAUAAGAUGAUGAAUUUCAUUCAAGGUCCAAAUGAGAGAACCCAAAGGAACCAAACCUGUGAAGACAGUGAUAAUAUAUGCUCUGUUUGUCACUAUGGUGGUAUGCUACUGCUGUGUGAUGGAUGUCCCUCUGCAUUCCAUUUGAGUUGCCUUGGCUUAAACCAUCUACCAGAAGGAAAAUGGUUUUGCUUCUCUUGUAAAUGUACAGUAUGUGGUCAAUGUGGAAACAAAGGAGAUAUCGAACUAUCUAGAGAAAUGACUAUUUGCUGUGAUCAAUGCAGGCGCAAAUUUCAUAAGGAAUGCUUAAGCAUGGAAAGAAAGGUAGUGAGAGGCAAUUGGUUCUGUAAUGGAAAAUGCCAACAGAUAUUCUUAGAUAUCCACAAGCUUUUAAGAAAACCAAUUCCAUUGGGUGUGGAUAAUCUGACUUGGACCAUAUUGAAAUCCAUGGAAGAGGACCAUGCUGGAUUCAUGACUGAGCAACACAAGAAGCUAAACAUUGCACUUGCUGUGAUGCAUGAAUCUUUUGAGUCUAUUGUAGAACCUCGCACUCACAGGGAUCUUAUGGAGGACGUUAUUUUUAGUAGGGGAUCAAAAUUAAAGCGUUUGGACUUUAGGGGAUUUUACACUGUACUACUGGAAAGAGGGGAUCAAGUGGUUUCUGUAGCUCUUGUCAGAGUCCAUGAUGAAAAAGUGGCAGAAGUACCCCUUGUUGCUACCCGACUUGCAUUUCGACGUCUUGGAAUGUGUCACCUCCUCAUGAAUGAGCUUGAGAACAAACUCAUGGAGUUAGGGAUAGAAAGGUUAGUUUUGACUGCAGCUCCUCAGGUUGUACAUACAUGGACUACGUCAUUUGGGUUUUCUACAAUGACAGAGUUGGAUAGACUGAAUUUGCUAGAGUACACCUUUUUGUAUUUCCAAGAAUGUAUCAUGUGUCAAAAGUUUUUGACAAAGACAGUGAUAUCAAUAUAGAUUGGUGAAGAAUUUCUUUUCGGUUUUUUUAUGGAAAAACUUGUGGGUCUGUUAUUAAAAACAAGCAUUAUAGUGUUAUCAAUUGCAGCUUGAGAACAGACUUUUGGAGUUAGGGAUAGAAAGGUUAGAUUUGACUGCAGAUCCUCAGGUUGUACAUACAUGGACUAUGCCAUUUGGGUUUUCUACAAAGACAGAGUUGGAUAGACUGAAUUUUCUAGAAUACACCUUUUUGGGUUUCCAUGAUUUUAUGAUAGUAUCAUGUGCCAGAAGUUUUGACAAAGAUAGUGAUAUCAAUGUAGAUUGGUGAAGAAUUUUCUUUCUUUCCUUCUUUUUUUUUUUUGGAUGGGAGAGCUUGUGGAUCUGUUAUUAAAAUCAAGCAUUGUAAUGUUAUCAAUUGGAGGUUUUUUUUGGUAAGAAGAGGGAAAUAACUUGACCUUUUUGUAAGGUUAUGAGGCUCAAAUCUCAUUUUAUAUGUAAA